UCCCCAGCUACUUCGUUUAAGAAAGCAUUGACAACGGCCGCCGGCGCCGCCGGCGUUGAGUGUCCAGUCUGCGUUGCGCGGGUUGUGCGUUCAGAACACGUAAGUCCGUGGCUGAGAACAUCGGUCAUGUAAAAUCGUUGCGUCAUCCAUUUACCUAACACAAUCCAAGAUGACGAUAGUAUGUGUGAAGCAAGGCGUAUUGUGCGGAGUCGUAGAUGAGAGCGUUCACGGUGAACCGUACCUGGCAUUUCGUGGCAUCCCGUAUGCCAAGCCACCGAUUGGAUCACUCCGAUUUAAGGAUCCAGAAUCACCGGAACCAUGGAUAGGGGAGAGGGACGCUUCGAAAUUUCGCGACGUAUGCGCUAGCUUUAACAGUAUGACCAAUGAAAUCGAGGGAAGCGAUGAUUGUCUUUACCUCAACGUAUACAGACCAACAAGCGAUGCCUUAAAAAAAUGCGCUGUCAUGGUGUGGAUCCAUGGUGGUGGCUUCAUCACCGGAUCCGGAAAUGACGCUAUCUAUGGGCCUGACUAUCUAAUACGGAAGGAUAUUGUUCUAGUAACGAUUAACUAUCGGCUAGGCGUCUUAGGUUUUCUGAACGUAGAUCACGAAGUGGCGUCAGGGAAUCAGGGCCUGAAGGAUCAAGUGAUGGCCUUGAGAUGGAUAAAGAAGAACAUCUCCAGUUUUGGUGGGGAUCCUGACAACGUCACGAUUUUUGGAGAAAGCGCUGGUUCAGCCUCCGUGCAUUAUCUAACAAUAUCUCCUUUGGCUGAGGGAUUGUUCCACAAGGCAAUCGCGCAGAGCGGAGUAGCGAUUAAUCCGUGGGCUCACGUAACCAUGGGUUCCAAGGAACGCGUGUACCAGCUUGCCGCGAAACUUGGCGAGCAUUCAAUUGAACCCGAGGUCGUUGUCGACUUCCUGAAGACGAUAGACGCGACGAAGCUCGUUGCCGCUGAAAGGGAAUUUCUCACACCAUUGCAAAGUCAUGUCGAAUUUGGAGUAUUUCUCCCAAGUAUAGACGACAAAUCUCCAAAUCCAUUCAUGCCGCAGCAUCCGUCGGUGAUGAUGCAAAAGGGCGUUCAAGUGCCUUUGAUAAUUGGUUUCAAUAGUAACGAGGGUUCGAUGUUUAUGUCUCCAUUCCGGCGAAACGAUACCGAGCACCUCGCGACGAUCAGCGAGAAUUUCGAAGUGGUGAUGCCUCUGGAGCUGCGGGCGCGAGUUAAGAAGCAUGGGAUCACUCCGAAAGAUGUGAAACGCUUUUACUUUGGCGACAAGCCGGUUUGCGAGGAGACGAGACAGGAAUACGCGAAUUACAUAAGCGAUGCGCUAUUUCUUCAAGGCAUUUACGACGUGAUAGAUAUUCAAGCAGAGAAGGCUACGCAGCCCACAUAUUUCUACAAAUUCGUGCUCGAUAUUGAUACGUGGAUGAAACUCGCGUUCAAUGUUACCCUGCCAGGAGCGACUCAUGCAGAUGAUCUAGGGUUCCUGUUCUAUCCGUACUUGGUGAAGCAAAUGAACCUAGCGGCUCCGGAACCUGGUACUGUUAAGUAUCAAGUAAUGGAGUAUUUCACUACAAUGUGGACCAACUUUGCAAAAACUGGAAACCCAACGCCAAGGAUAACGGAUUUGAUUCCAACAAAGUGGAAACCCAUCGAGAAAUCAAAUACGUCUUAUUUGUAUCUGAAAAUCGACCGUACGUUGGAGAUGGAAAGCAGCAGUAAAGCGGCAGACAGGCGCAGGUUCGACUGGGACAAAAGACUGAAACACAAAUUAUAGUCGAGUUAAACUCAACCAAUCGUUUACGACAAUCGAUUAAUUAACAGUUUCAACGGAAAGAGGAUAGCGGGACUAUUCUUCAUGGAUACAGCUUACACAUAUCAAUUUUAAUUUAGUAACCAUAAGUCAAAUGCACAUUGUAUGCAUUCAUUUAAAGUUGAAUGUGUAAAAAAUAUGGAGAAUGCAUGUAAUAUGAAAAAAUUGGCAGUGCAUCAAAAUAAUAGUACACAUCACUAU